AUGGAGCGCGUUCAGUUUGGCAUGCCAGAGUCAUGGCGUCCUCGAUUUGUCAACCCCGACGAUCCGACCUACGAAGAAUGCCGGGCACUUGGCAACUUCUUCCACCUGAACCACGGCAAGCAGUGUUCGCACCCCUGCCACACUUGGUUCCGCGACCUUCGCCCGUCACCGCCCGCCCUACGACCUCCCAAGACCAUUUUGGCCGAAAUUCUGCGUGACCACAGCGCGUCCAUACCGUCGCAUAACGAUGCCAUCCUCGCCAACUACGUUUGCCCAGUCGUCGGCGACGGCGAGACUCAGAACACCGCUGAAGAAGCUACCGAAAGUGCCUCGUUCCCGCAUUUCACUCUCCUCCCGCCCGAGAUCCGCGAGCAGAUCUGGCUCUUCGCCCUGCCGCGCCGCACACUCGACCUUCGCGAGGCCCGCCACGCCCGCGACUACAUCGGCACGCGCUGCGUCGCGCUGCCCAUCCCCCAAGUCGCGCGCGUUUGCCGCGAGUCUCGCGACGUGGUCCUCCGUCACGGCGAACGCCUAGUCUCCGUGAUGCACCCCUUCAACAAGCCCAGCGGCAACCGCCGCACCAACGUCCACCCCCGCCCCCGCCCCGCCCUCAAACCCGUGUCGUUCCCCCUCGGCUUUUUCGUGAAGGGCGUUGAUGUCGCCCUGCACCUCCCAGACCCACGCAUCGACAUCGAAGAAGAGCCGCGCGUGUUCGAGGCGGCCGUGGAGGGCGCCUCGUACGGGGACCUAGAUGGCCCUUUCAAGAUAUACUCUGUCAGCGGCAGCUCUAUCACGGCCUCGAUGAAGUCUGAGGCCGCCGCCGUCAACUGGGCCGGCGCCACGCGCCACCUCCUCGCCGACGACCGCCGCCGCGACCCCGUGUCCACCUUUGCCCCCGUCAACACGGCCAUCGCCUCGGGCGGCUGGCUGAUCCCGUGGCAAUACCUCAAGAGCCCCGCGCCCGGCCCCGCCCUCAAGACCGUCUACGUCUUCUUCCGCAGGAGAUACACCGAGGUGUCGCUGCUCCUCGGCCCCAACUUCGACCCCGCCGGGCCCGACACGAAUGGCACAAAAAGGUUCUUCCAGACCGAGAUCCAGUUGCUGGUUGAUCUGUAUGACGACCAGCGGCUGGCUGAGCUCAGUAGCUUGGAGUCGCUGUUUGUGGAUGCCAAGAAUAACAAACCUCGCUUUUCUGACCCGGGGGCGCGGAACCCGGGCCUGUGUCUCAAUUGCGAGCGUGUGCAAUGGGAGCAGCACAUUCGGCCGCUGGUACUGUGCCAGUGGCUGCAGAUGCACCAGGACGAGCUGCCGGACGAGGCCGCCAUCGCCGCGGUCUUCCCUCGCGACGAUGCCAGCUCGCCGUACAAUGUUGAUCAUCCGUGGGUCAAGGAAAAACUGCGCGAUGCACCCGAGUUCCGCCCUGCUGUCUUGAUCCACCUGCAGGCCGUCGAGGAGGACCGGCUUGUCCAACCCGGAGCCGAUGACCAGUCGUGGUGGUGA